CUCCCGCCCGGGCUGUGGCUUGUGGCUUGUGGCGGCUCUCCCUCCUCCCUCUCACCCAGCCAGCCAGGAGCGGGGCGUGUGAUGGGGGCGGCGCAGCUGCAACAGCGGAAGUUCGCAGGUGAGCGAGCGGCGUGACAGCUCCUCACCCGCGGCUCUGAUGCCGGUGUGAAGCUCCCGGACGACGGCGAUGUAAUAUCAAAAGUGCUUGAAACACCAGCAGGUUGGGCAGUAUCUGUGGAAAGAGAAACAGAGUUAACGUUUCAGAUCUGAGACCCAUCAUGGGAAAGAUAUAAUUCUGCCUUUAUUGCAGCCUCAUGUCUGGUCACCUCUAUGGUUUACCUCAAGGAAAUGAUUCUAUGAGCUCUCUUCGCAUAUCCAUUGGUGGUCUUCCUGUUAUAGCUUCCAUGACAAAAACAAGAGAUUCUCGUUUUCACCUGAAAUGGAAGGCUAUACUGCUAGCUUCUGUCACUCUCUUCAUAUUAUACAUGGUAUAUUUCCACAAGAGCUCUCCAAAUAAUCCUCAGAUACGAAAUGUCCACAACUGGCAGAUGACUAAUUUUCCAAAGGACAGGUACAACGAUACCUACCCUCUUUCACCGCCACAGAAAACAGCGGAAGGCAUCCAAUACCGUAUCGGGCUAAUUGCUGACCUGGACACAAACUCAAAACCUAAACCGAACAGUGACACUUGGGUCAGUUACUUCAAGAAAGGCUACUUGAUUUUAUCAAACAGUGGGGACAAAGUGACUGUAGAAUGGGACAAAAAUGAUUCCGUUCUCAAAACGCACUUGUCAGAAAAAGGACGUGGCAUGGAAUUGUCGGAGCUAAUAGCAUUUAAUGGAAAGCUGUACACCGUGGACGACAGGACAGGAGUAGUUUAUGAUAUUGAUGGGGACAAGGCUGUCCCAUGGGUAAUCCUAUCUGAUGGUGACGGGACUGUUGAGAAAGGCUUCAAAGCUGAAUGGUUGGCAGUAAAAGAUGAGCGCCUUUAUGUAGGUGGACUGGGUAAAGAAUGGACAACAACCACAGGCGAGGUAGUCAAUGAAAAUCCAGAGUGGGUGAAGGUUAUUGGCUACAAAGGUGAUGUUAAUCAUGAAAACUGGGUGCCUCACUACAAUGCCCUCCGCACAGCGGCUGGAAUCAACUCUCCAGGAUAUCUUAUUCACGAAUCUGCUGCCUGGAGCGAUCGGCUGCAACGCUGGUUCUUUCUGCCACGGAGAGCCAGCAAUGAACGCUACAAUGAGAAAGAUGAUGAACACAGAGGAACAAACCUCAUUAUUAAAUGUACCCAAGAUUUUAAAGAAGUCGCGGUGAGCAAGAUUGGUGAGGUUAAUCCAACCCGUGGAUUCUCCUCCUUCAAGUUCAUUCCUGAUACCGACGACCAGAUCAUUGUGUCACUGAAAUCUGAGGAAGAUAAUGGGAAAAUAGCUACUUAUAUAAUGGCUUUUACUUUAGAUGGACGCUUCCUUUUAGAAGAAACGAAAGUGGCUGACGUUAAAUAUGAAGGGUUAGAAUUCAUAUAAGCUUCCUCCUGAUCAAAAAGUAUGGAUGAAAGUUCUUCUGCUUCCAAGAAAAUUCAGAAAGAUUGGUUUCCAAGAAUGGUUCUUGGUUCCUAAUAAUCUGAAGGUGUGUUCUUUUGUAAUGGGCUCUUUGAAGGAACUGAUUCUGAGGUAUUUCAAAAUUAUCACUUCUGCGCUCUCCUUCAAAGUUGAAGCUAUUUUUCAGAUUUUCGCGUCAUCAUUAAAAAUGUAUACCUGGGAUGUUUCUUUGUAUUUACGUGCCAUAAAGUCUGCAACGGUGCCGAAAAAUGUACUUGUCCAUUCUCCUACAAACUCAAAUUAAUAACCAUUGGUUUGUUGAUUUGUGGACUUGUUAACUUUAAACUUAAAUGAAGUUGCAUAUCUUGGAAUCAGAAAGAAAUGGUAAAAUUACUAGCUCACAUGUAUAGCGUGAUAUGAUUUGGUCAAUAUCAGUAACUGUUUUUAAAGGAACUCCCCCAGCAUGUUUUAUUACAUAUAUGUAUUUGUAUAUGGAAAAUGGGUAUCAGUGGCUCGGCCAAUAUUUGUUCCCUAUUCUUCAUAAAGCAUGCAGUACUUACCAGCUACUUUGACAAAGCUAUUCCACAAUUUUAAUGCAACAGCAAAUGAGGAAUGGCAAGACAUUUCCAAGUCUGUAUGUGUAACUUGAAGCUGGUAAUGUUCUCAUGAGCCUAGAGCCACGUCCAUUUGUGUGAUAGAUCAGGGGUGUGCUCUUGAAAUGCCUGAGUGGGUUGCUACAGUGUCAGUUGUAACUGAUGUUCCUGUAUCCGAGUAACAGAUGGAAUUAAGUAUAGGUGGUGGAUGGAGUGGUGAUCAACCGCACUGAUGCUUAUGGGAUAGUAUUGAGCUUCCAUUUUGUUGGAGCUGGAAUUAUCCAGGCAAAAUGGGGUGAAGGUCUAUUCGGGUGUAAAGCUGGUGGGAAUUGGAUGAAAGUUCUACUGCUUCCAAGAAUAUUCUGAAAGUUUGCUUUCCAAACAUGGUUCUUGGUUGCUAUUAAUCUGAAGGUGUGGUCAACCUGAACACGACCCAAUCCUGAGGUCUUAUUUUAUUUUUAAAUUCAUUCAUGGCCCAAUCAUCACUGUAAAUAUACUAAUUUCAAACAUGCAAUUGAAAUAGAGUGUGUGUUUAUUCCAGAUUUCCAAUUAAAACAUAAAUCAAGAAAGAGCAAAAUUCAAAGAUGCAUUAAAAGGAAGUCUUCUGCGUUGUCAUGUUGGGGCGAAGAGGUAUAGCUUAAGAGCAACACACUUCUGCCAGUUCACCUUCCAGCCACGCUAAAAUUGCUCUCACUGCUGCCUGAAUGCUAAACAUAUUUCUAACCAGCCUUGCCAAUUAGGUCUAUAUAACUCUGUAUCCAUUUUACCAACCCAACAUAUCCCACUCUGUCUCUGUUACUGUAAUGAUCCUUUGUGUGGAAUACUGCUGAAAAGUCUGCUCCCAACCUUAAAAGUCAAGGAAGGCCACGUUGGCAAGUCGUGAACCCAACUGCUGUUUCGCAGGGUAUAUAAAUUUAGUCUGUGUACUUCAGAAUAUUUUAGCUAGACAACAAUUAGGACUGAUUCAAGGCAGGAUAACGGUCCAUUUAUAUUUGUGCCCACAAGAACAGCCCAUCACCUGCAUAAGUGGGGGAUGACAGACAGCCCUGCUUGCCAUCCCACACAUCGUGAAUGACUGCCUACUGAGGCUUUUCCUUGGGGGCACCACUAAGCCUUUUCCUUAGGCUGCGCACGCCAUACGCAAGAGGAAGAAGUUCCAUUCUUGUCAGGUCAUCCCGCUUUCUUUGCGGGCCAUUCACUGGGCCACUGUCCGCCCAUAGUUUGUGGAGGUAUAUCAGAGGAAAGUGGUAUAUAAUUUUAUUUGUUUCUCAAUGCACGGAAUUUCCAGGGUCAAUGUCGGAUACCCAUAUCCUUCAAGUUGUUCCCUGAGCUUCAUAAAAUGUUCAAGAAAUCCACAAACAUCUGCAAUGUCUCGUUAGUUAGCCACUCUGUAGUUCUGCCAUGCGAAUCAAUAUCUUUGACAGCUCCUGAUUGAUCUCCUAAAUUGGAUGGUUUCUUAUUAUAAUAUUAGACAAAUUUUCUGCUAGGCUGGAAGUUUUCCUAUGCUUUUGUAUCUUUUAUUGCCUCUGCAACAUCCUGUUGCCUCACAAGAUAAUAUAUUAUAGUGCCUGGGCAAGUAUGAUUUUUGCACUCUGAUCCGAUAUCAGUUUAAGUUAGCUGGGUCAAAUUCAAAAGUAUUAACUAGCAGCUUUAAAAUUUGAUUCCUGAUGUUUUCAUGAGAUUUUCCAUUGGUGCUGUUGAGAAUUUGGCUGGGUUUAAACUCUGGUACAACAGGCAAGUCAUUGCCAAUUAAUAUAUUUAAUGGCAGAACAUCCUCGUGUCAGUUGUGUCCUUAACGCAGGAAACAAGACUUGCUAAAAUGUCUUUAUUUACAAAAUACUGAAUUAGGACACAACAUGUGUAUUGUGGGAGGGUCUCCACCGAAAACAUCAACUGUCCAUGUUCUCUGACGAUGCUGCCUGACCCAUUGUCAUUCUGCGAUUUUGUGUCUUUCCUUGGUAUACCAGUAUCUGCAGAUUCUUGUUUCUACAAUAUAUAUAUCCCCUUCAAACCCGACAAAUGUAGUCGGGCUCAAGUUGGCGACCCAGGUUUCAGUGGAAUAUAUUUCACCAUUGUUCUAGUCUAUGUUUUCUACUUAUUAUUAUGCAUUGGUGAAUAAGAACCUGAGGGACGUAUUCUUACCUUCACAAAAUGUAAGUAGUAGAUGAAGUAAGACUUCUGCCAAAUAUCGGCCUACUUUUUCCCUUACUUUCCCUUCCCCCCCCACCUAAGAAGGACUGUAAGAUUUGGUAUCAGUAUAUCAUUGAAUGUUAAGGUAUCAGAACAGAUCCUCUUGUUGGAGAUCUUUAAAGCAGCUUUUACUAUUCUGUGAAUACUAACUUGAACUAUUUUUUCAAACGUGUAUUAUUGUACAGAACUUUAAUGCUGUGCAGUUUUGGUCAUCUUAUCUUGUAAAGGAUAUGCUUGGCUGGAUGGCACUGAAAUUUAAGAAAUCAACUGUAAUUUUUGGGAUAAGAUGGAUGUCCGGUGAAGCAAGUUUGUGAACCUAUAUUCUCUGGGGUUCAGAAGAGUGGAGCUGAUCACAUUGAAAUGUUUAAGCAAAGGGAUUGCUUUAGACCUGAGAUGCUGGAACUAAAGCUAUGGUCCUGGGAUAAAGGAUCAAACGUUGAGGAUUUUGAAACAAGGAAUUUUGUCUCCAGAUGUUAGUGAUCUUUUUAGAAUUUUGUGAGGCUGUGCUUGUUCAAUCAUUAAAGAUGUUUUUUAAUUUCAGAGAAUUAAGGGAUAUAGCGAUAAGGUGUGAAAGUUGAGUCACUUAAUUACUGACUAUUCAUAAAAUAGGCUAAAGGAUCUAUGGAAUUACCCUCCUAUUUCUAAUGGAUAAUGUACUUGUUGAAGGGUUAAACAAAUUAAAUGAUAUUUAAUUUACCAAGAAAAUCUUUAAUCUAGAGCAAUAAAACUUCAAAAUGGUUCUGCAUAGUUUAAGUAAUUUUCAGUCAAUUUAACACAGAUGUUUUACAGGUAAUAGAUCAGACAAUCAUGUUUACUCUUUGUGAUUAACCAUUUUAUGCUCAAUAAAUGCAGCAGUUACUGAUUUAUAAUUCUACCAGUUGGUGCUUCUUUGUGGCAUGUUUUAUGUCAGUGAGGGAGGUGAGUUUGAAUGAAUCUUGGUCCAAAAUGCUGAAAAAUAAAAGCACAUUUGUUUUGCACUGCAACUUGCAGUCCAAGUAAAAUCUCUGCCCCCACUAUCUUACUGAUCAUCAUCAUUGAGUUUGAGCAUCUGAAAAUUGUAUUAAGCUAUUUAAGAAAAUAUUUAUUGUUCAUUUAAAAUAACGAUCCUAAUGCUGAGUUCAGGAAUACAUUAAUUCUGAACAGAAUUAGUGAACAGAAUUCUGAAUUAGUUCAACAGAAACAAAAAAAUUGAAUUGCCUGCUGCGGCAUGGUGGCGUAGUGGUAGAGUUGCUGCCUUACAGUACAUUCAGCGCCAGAGACCCGGGUUCGAUCCUGACUAUGGGUGCUUGUCUGUACGGAGUUUGUACAUUCUCCCCGUGACCUCGUGGAUUUUCUCUGAGAUCUUCGGUUUCCUCCCAUACUUUGAAGACAUCCAGGUUAGUAGGUUAAUUGGCUUGAUAUAAAUGUAAAUUGUCCCUAGUGUGUGUAGGGUGGUGUUAAUGUGCAGCGAUUGCUGGUUGGUGCGGACUCUGUACGCCGAAGGGCCUGUUUCCACGCUGUAUCUCUAAAUUAAAAUAAAUUAAAAAUUGCCUUGUGUGUUUGAUGUGAAAAUAAAACAAUCUUUAAUGUAAAACAGUUAUAGUGAGGUAGUGGCUUGUACUAGAUGAUCAGUUUUGAUUUUGGCUUCUGUGAUUCAAAUAAUUGCUUUGGUCAUAAUUGGUUUUUAAUACAAUAAGGGGAUAUGUUUAAUGUUAAUUCAUUCAGUCCCUUGGGCAGAAUUGUUUGUGAAAAGGCACUGGGAAUUUUUUAAGAAAGUCCAAUAAUGAAAAAGGAGUGACUUAUACAUAGAUGUAAAUCGUUCACCAGAUUCUAUUCUAAUCUUUUAAGGAAAAGACACAAAGUGCAGAAGUAACUCAGUGGGUCAAACAACAUGUCUCUCUGGCAGACAAUGGAUCAGCAAAGUUUCAGACUGAAAGGUCCUGGCCCGAAACGUUGCCUAUCAAAACCUUGCAGUGAUGCUGCCUGACCUGCUGAGUUCCUCCAGCACUUUGUCUUCUGAUGUAAACCAGCAUCUGCAGCUCCUUAUGUCUCAAUUCUCUUUCCUGUGUUAGAUUGACUUUGUUUGGAUGGAUUAAUGUAAUGCCUACACCAAUAAAUCUACAUCCAAUAGAAAGUGUCCAAGUUUGUUUGCUUCACACUGUACCAUUACGCAGUUUGAAAGCUUUCAAUCAAUCAAUGUCAGCAACUGGUCUGUAGCCCAAUAUUGAACUAAGUGUGACUUAAUUCCGUCUGAAAACUUGGAAGACAAAGACAAUAAAAACAAAAAAAAAGAAUUAUGUUAUAUGUGACAAAUGCAGCCCCAAUUUCAAUUUGGAGAUUGUAUUUAAAUGUUAAAUGGAUAAUUGGUAUGAAGCAACAGAAAAUGUUUAUGGUAUGGAAUUAAUUAGGCACACCUAUCUGUUUGUGCAUCACUGUAUAUUUUCCACCCUCCAAAAAAAUGCAGAAGAACUAGAUAUGCAGUAAAGGCCUAUUAAGUCUAAAAGUAUUCAAAUCUCAAAAUGCAAAGUAAACAAUAACGUCGCUCUCUGUAAGCUUGUCAUUAGCUGAUUUUCAUAAUCAUCAUAAUCAUAAUCAUACUUUAUUAGCCAAGAAUGUUUUGCAACAUACAAGGAAUUUGAUUUGCCAUACAGUCAUACCAAUAAAAAGCAACAGAACACACUAAAUACAUUUUAACAUAAACAUCCACCACAGUGACUCCUCCCCAUUCCUCACUGUGAUGGAAGGUGAAAAAAAAGUUCAAUCUCUCCCUUCUUUGUCCUCCAGCGAUCAGGGGCCCCGAGCCUUCCAUUGACGGGACAAUCUUACUCCCAUAGCCGGCGGCGGCCCACCUCGUCGGGGCGAUCAAGCUCCUGCAUCAGGGGGGAAUCUCAGCUACCCCGUGCCGGGCGAUCUACCCCAGGUCUGGGCUAGUCGAACGUGAUGCGGCUCCUGGAGCUUCCCAAUGUCGGUCUCGACCCGAGACUGCGCGCCUUUGAUGUUGAAGUCCGCAUGCCGCGGUUGGAGCAUCGAUCACAAGCUCCGAUGGUAAGUCCACGCCCCGCAGUGGGGCUCAAAGUCAGUCCUGAGCAAGGCCUCCAGCUCCACGAUGUUAGGUUGCAGAGUAACCAGAGAUACAAUCUGGAAAACAUCUCCGGCAAGGUAAGAGAUUGAAAAUAGGUUCCCACCCCCCAAAUAACAAAAAACCAGAGAACAUUAACACAUACUUUUUAAACACACUGAAAAUAACAAAAAAAAAGAUGAAAUAGGACAGACAGGCUGUAGGCGAGGCUGCCAUCGAAGCACCACCCGGUAGUCAAAAUUUUAAGGUAUGACUUGCAUUCAAUUGUCCAGGAAUAUGAUAUCAAUUGUCCAAAGGUUAAGAAUAUGAGUUCUAAGUUGAGAUUCAUUCCAUUGUUGAUAGUUCUCUGGCAUGAAGUUUUCUCGAUGCUGCAUUUGUGUCUAUUUUCAGAAAUACUUCCGAUUUUCAGAGCUGAGAUGUAGUGCAGUUUUAUGAUUUUCAAUGAACUGUUGGGAGUGAAAUAGGUCUUAACAUCGGUGUAAAAUUGUUGAGGUAAAAGAUAUUGAAACACUCAAUGUUGACUUUUGUGCAUUAUGCUUAAUAUUUUCUAUUUGGUGUUCACAUGCACCCUUGGUCAUUUUGUACCUGGAUGAGCGGUGUAGGUUCAGCACGUUUUUGUGAAAUUAAAUUUUAAAUUAAGCUAUUGUGAAAGGAAUCCUCAUUGACAUGAUUUGGGCAUUUAAAAAAAAAACAACUUGUUAAAAUAAUGUAAUAGCAGACCUAAUUUUUGUGUUAUGUUAAAACAUUCAAUCUCCAGAGCAAAUUAAAGUAUUCUUUAUUAGAUAAUUGGAAAUUUAAACUUUCUGAUUGGACACCUAUUCAAUUUAAAUGUCAGUAUAAGAAUUCCGAUUAUGCAUUUUGGUAGUUAAAUUUCUGAACCUAAUGAGAUUGUCAAAUUUAACCAAGUAGACACGAAUAUAAUGGUAUCCAGCAAGUUGGUUAAGGAUUAUGAGUUCAUGAGUGAAAGUUUAAUCUAUUAUCCAGAAUUUGAAUCGAAGAAUUUCUUUCAAGUUUGUGUUCAUUGCAGAAACACUUUCAAAUUGACUGUAGGAACACAGAUGCUGAGUAUACUCAGCAGGCCAUGUAGCAUCUGUGAAGAAACAAACAGAGUUAAUGUUUCAUUUUGACUACCCUUUGUCAGAACUUAAGUUGUUCAUCCUGAUACUAGUUUGGCUUCAUAAAUAAAUAGAAAUUGCCUCUGAAAUACGGUUUGGAAUUAAUGUCAAGCUGUUUGUAAUUCUUGGAAUCAACUAAAUCAAUGGUAAAACUUUGAUUUGCUGCUUUUGUGUGGGUUGUAUCCUUGUGUUUUAAUGUGUCGGCUCAACUGAUAAGGUUUAGCAUCAAAAGCUUAACGGCAAACAAAAUCAUACACUGUCUAAUGUUUUUGAUAAUGGUCCCAACUCUUUUUAUUUAAUAAAAUGUGAAUAAAAAUUGAUAUUAAUAAAUCUGUUGGUUUACAUGC